AUGCAACAAAAGACGAUCGUCGUCGAGGAAACCGAAAAAGAAAGAGAUGACGUACUUCGGCAAAAAAGGACGGGACAAAAGCGUUAUGCGUUCGAUGUAGUUUUCGAUGAAGAUUCCACACAGGACGAAGUGUACGAAAAGACGACGAAGAGCUUGGUGAAAGACAUACUCGUCGGUUUUAACGCCACCGUGUUCGCUUAUGGGGCCACGGGCAGCGGCAAGACACACACGAUGGUUGGGCACGGCGGCGAGACGGGCAUCAUGGUCCGAGCUAUUAGCGAUUUGUUCGACAUUGUGAGCAAAAACGCUUACCAAUACACGGUAAAAAUGUCGUAUUUAGAAAUAUACAACGAGAACAUCCGGGACCUCCUGAACCCGGCGUCGGGUUUCCUGGAGCUCCGUGAAGACACGUCCAGGAACCGGAACAUCCAAGUGACCGGGCUCUCGGAAGUCGUGGUGGUAUCCAUCGACGAGGUGAUGGGGCUGCUGCACCAGGGAAACCGGCAGCGGACAGUGGAGCCGACGGGCGUGAACAAAACGUCUUCCAGAAGUCAUGCGCUGCUCAGCGUAACGGUGUGCAAGGCCUCCAGGACGGCGACGGCCGUGCGGCAAGGCAGGCUGUUCAUGAUCGACCUGGCGGGAUCCGAGAGAGCCAGCCACACCAAGAACCGAGGAAAACGGCUAAAAGAAGGGGCACAUAUCAACAGGUCUCUGCUGGCUUUGGGGAACUGUAUAAACGCCCUGAGUGGAGGAACGAACCCGCGAUUCGUAAACUACCGUGACAGCAAACUUACCCGGUUGCUUCGUGAAUCCCUUAGCGGAAAUUGUCGGACGGUAAUGAUCGCACACGUCAGCUCAGCGGCGUCACAUAAGGACGAGACCAGGAACACCUUGAUCUACGCCGCCAGAGCCAGUGGUAUCUCACACAAGGUCGAGAGGAACGUUUUGAACGUGUCGUUUCAAGUGAAUCAGUAUAGGUCAGUUAUAUCGGACCUACGUAACGAGAUCUCUCGGCUGAGAACGAAACUGGACGAGGGCCGGACAAAGUCUUCGAGCGGCCAGCACAGCGAUACGCCUGUGAACCAGAUAAGAGACCAGAUUGUAGGCACGUUUCGUGAACAAAUGAAGCUCAGACGAAAGCUGAUGGACAUCGACGGACACCUGUUGUCGUUGGGCGUGGAGGCCGAACGGCAACACCAGAUAAUCAGCCAAUGGGAAUCGAGAAACAAUAGACUGUACUGCCGGAGGACCAGUAGCCAACGCAGGCCAAACACCAAGGGUUCCAACAACACUUCAAACACGGAUUCCUUAGACAACGACCAGCUAAACAUGCACCAGGCGUGGUCGGACCUGAGUUACAUUGAACACGAACAGGAAAGGUACGUGGCGUUGAGGUCCAAAACAGUGAGCGAACUGGACGCGGUCCGGCAACAGGCAGUGGCCUUAGAAAAUAACCUUCCGAAACGUUUGGAUUCGGAGACGGAACGCGAGCUGCUCUCGUUGAUAUGUCGUGUCCAUGAGUUGGAAGCCGACAAAAUGGCGUUGCAAGGUGAACGGCUAGUCGAGUCGUACGAGCUGCGCCGCAGAGGAGAUCUGUUGCACAAGAUGCACCGGCAACAGCGCAUAACCGAUGAUAUUAUCACGAAACAGCGGCAAAUCAUCGAAGGUCAAAACAUGCCGUUACCGACCGAUCUGAAAGAGCUGUACCGGUCGUACCAGCAAGAAAUACACGCCAACUCGUACAAUACGGACGUAAACGCUUUACCACUGACGUCCACCAUGCAGUCAAUCGACAAGAGUUUCGAGAAAGCUACCAUCGACGACCAACCUGAAAAAAAUAGGACGUAUACCGCGGAAAGUCGUGUUCAGCCGAUUACGCCGGAAUCAAGACUAUUCACGACCUCGAGCAACGAGAGCUUGGCUGCUGGCUUCGACUGGGAAAAGGACUCCGGAAGUUUGCCGCCUAUCAAUCAAUCAACUGUUGUUCCACACUCCAGAGACGAAAUCCCGUCACCCGUCCCGGCUUCAGUGCUGUUUCCUCCGAUUUCCAAUCGCUUUCGAUAA